CAGCUAAUGGCGGCGGCCGCCUGAGCCGGGCGGGCGGCGGAUCGGGGCCGCCAGAGGCGCGCGGCCGGACCUUCCGGGGUGCCGCUCCCCUCGCGACCGCGGCUUCCCCGCGGCGGCGGGCUCGGUGCGCCAUGGACAGGCCGCCGGCGGCGGCGGCGGCGGCGGCGGCGGCGGGCGGCGAGGGCGGCGGGAGCCUGGGCCCGGGGCCGGCGGGCGGCAGGAGGCCCCCUCGGGUCGCGGGGGGCCCCACCGCCGGCUCCCGGCAGCCCAGCGUGGAGACCCUGGACAGUCCUACAGGAUCACAUGUUGAAUGGUGUAAACAGCUUAUAGCUGCUACAAUUUCUAGUCAGAUUUCAGGUUCAGUGACAUCAGAAAAUGUAUCCAGAGAUUACAAGGCUCUACGGGAUGGAAAUAAGCUGGCACAGAUGGAAGAAGCACCACUUUUUCCCGGAGAAUCAAUCAAGGCUAUUGUGAAGGAUGUCAUGUAUAUCUGCCCAUUUGUGGGAGCAGUGAGUGGAACCCUGACAGUGACUGACUUUAAGAUGUACUUCAAAAAUGUAGAGAGGGACCCGCAUUUCAUCCUUGAUGUCCCCCUGGGAGUGAUCAGCAGAGUUGAGAAGAUUGGAGCGCAGAGCCAUGGGGACAACUCCUGUGGCAUCGAGAUCGUGUGCAAGGAUAUGAGGAACUUGCGACUUGCUUAUAAACAGGAAGAACAGAGUAAACUAGGGAUAUUUGAAAACCUCAGCAAACAUGCAUUUCCUCUUUCCAACGGGCAGACACUCUUUGCAUUCAGCUAUAAAGAAAAAUUUCCAGUUAAUGGAUGGAAAGUUUAUGAUCCAGUAUCUGAAUAUAAGAGACAGGGCUUGCCAAACGAGAGCUGGAAAAUAUCCAAAGUCAAUAGUAAUUAUGAGCUCUGUGACACGUACCCUGCCGUCAUUGUCGUGCCAACUAGUGUAAAAGAUGAUGACCUUUCCAAAGUGGCAGCCUUCCGAGCCAAAGGUAGAGUCCCGGUGUUGUCAUGGAUUCAUCCAGAGAGUCAGGCGACGAUUACCCGCUGCAGCCAGCCACUUGUGGGUCCCAAUGAUAAACGCUGCAAGGAGGAUGAGAAGUACUUGCAAACUAUAAUGGAUGCAAAUGCGCAAGCUCACAAACUUAUCAUCUUUGAUGCCCGGCAAAACAGUGUCGCCGACACCAACAAGGCAAAGGGCGGGGGCUAUGAAAGUGAAAGUGCUUACCCGAAUGCAGAACUCGUGUUCUUGGAGAUCCACAACAUUCACGUGAUGAGAGAGUCUCUGCGGAAACUGAAAGAGAUCGUGUACCCGUCCAUUGACGAGGCGCGGUGGCUGUCCAACGUGGACGGGACGCACUGGCUGGAGUACAUAAGGAUGCUUCUUGCUGGGGCAGUGAGAAUUGCUGAUAAAAUAGAAUCUGGGAAAACCUCGGUGGUGGUGCACUGCAGUGACGGUUGGGACCGAACGGCCCAGCUGACGUCCCUGGCCAUGCUGAUGCUGGACAGUUAUUACCGUACCAUUAAAGGAUUCGAGGCUCUCAUAGAAAAGGAGUGGAUCAGCUUUGGACAUAGGUUUGCACUGCGAGUGGGCCAUGGCAAUGACAACCACGCAGAUGCUGACCGGUCCCCUAUAUUCCUGCAGUUUAUUGAUUGUGUUUGGCAAAUGACGAGACAGUUUCCUUCAGCAUUCGAGUUUAAUGAACUAUUCUUGAUUACAAUUUUGGAUCACCUUUAUAGCUGUCUCUUUGGGACUUUCUUGUGCAACUGUGAGCAGCAGCGACUCAAAGAGGAUGUAUAUACGAAGACUAUAUCUUUGUGGUCUUACAUCAAUAGCCAGCUUGAUGAAUUUUCUAAUCCCUUCUUUGUGAAUUAUGAAAACCACGUCCUGUAUCCUGUUGCUAGUCUGAGUCACUUGGAAUUAUGGGUAAACUAUUAUGUGCGAUGGAAUCCACGAAUGAGGCCUCAGAUGCCCAUCCACCAGAACCUCAAGGAGCUGCUGGCUGUCCGGGCGGAGCUGCAGAAGAGGGUGGAGGACCUGCAGCGGGAGGUGGCCACGCGCGCCUCGUCCUCAUCGGAGCGGGGCUCCUCGCCUUCGCACUCAGCCACGCCUGUGCACACCUCGGUCUGACGGCCGCGGGCCCUGGCCCAGGCGGGGACUGCAGCGGCUGGACCUGUGAGCCUGUCUUUUCCGAUUAGGCCCCGCGACCAUUUGUGUGCUAGGUGACAGCAGCGCCCAUGGUCAGCAGUGCUGCUGUGUUGUAAACACCCCACUUCCCUCCUGUCAGCGCUUUCUCGGGGCAGCUGUCUGUCCCGUUGACCCUGUGACCCGACGGUCCACGGUCCCAGCGCGUGGGAGACACUCAGGUGAGCGGUACGCAGUGCUGAGGUUCAAGGUGGUACAUCCUCGUGAAAAACCCACCCCAUUCCCUUAAAGACCACGUUGCCAGCCACGUGGCUCCUUUCGGCUCUUAGCUAACUAGAAGUGUUUCAAAAUGCACUGGUGGGGAAGACAGACCGUUGCCAUCUUUCCUACAGUGCUCUUCACGCCAGGGGUCCUCCUGUACCAAUUACUGUUGUGUACAUAUAAGGUAUUUUUAAAGAAGAGAAACAUGCCUUUAUUUUCCUAUGUCCUUUUUUAUGUUCAGACUAGUCACCCAAGCUGGUACCUGCUGCACUGGACUGGGUGAGGAAUUUUCAAACAGAGCUCACGCUGUUAUGUGGUACAUUUGAAGCACGAUUUGAAUCUAGUCAUUUAAGGCCACAUGUUCUGCCCUCCCCUGCCUCCUGAGGCGGCACGGGUGUUCCUGGUAGUGCUGCAGUGUCCCCGGGGCUGGCACAGUGGAGGCUGGGCACAGCCUCCCCGGGGCCCCAUCACUCCUGAGCUGCCCGACCCUGCAGCCUGCCACUCCCCCCGCUGACAGCUGUAUCAAAGCCAGCCUGCUCUCUGCCUGUCUGAAAUACUAGUUCUCCUUUUAUCAAGAUCCCUUCAACUCAGAUUAUUCCUGUGAUUGCAUGUCGAUAUUUUAAAGCAACUACUGCGCCGUGGCUUCAGAUGCCAAAAGCAGAGCCCUUGCUUCUCUCGGUUUUCUCAUCUCACGGCUCAGGCCUCUCCUCCCCGUGUUGCACCUUCACUCACUGACUUUGGGCCCUGGGACCAUCAGUCUGGGCAGGAAUUAAUUUACCAUCAACUGGCCCAUCCACUAGCGCUGGGGCUCUGAGCUGCUGCAGAAUCUCGCACAUUUGCUCCAGGCUCCAGCAGGCCCCGCCCUCCUUGGGCCACGCCCACUUCAGCCAGCCCCUGGGACCUCCACUGCGGUGGGAGUUAACCUUGCCUUUAGAGUGGGGGCAGGCAGAAGCUCAUGGGGCUCACAACUGCAUUGUAACACGUGGUUGGUUUCAAAUUACUGGAUGCUACCCAAAGUCCUACAUGUUGACCUUAUUUUUGAAAACAUUCUUAAAGGUUUUUUACACUCAAAUACUUAACAGAAUAGAUGUUUUUUCAACUUGGAACCUUCUGAUUCUUACAGAAAAUUAUCUGGUAUCCGUAAGGUAUCAAAUAUUUAUUCAAGGUAAUUUAAUAACCGAAAAUGAAUUCAUUUUUAUCAUCUGGGGGAUUUGUUUCUAAGGCGUGGUUUAAUUGAUGUUAGCUUUUGAUUUAGGCUUCCAACAUAGCCGAAACCUUGUUUAUCAAUGGAUAAACUGGAUUAGUCAUUGAUUACUGAGUUUUUAGAUGGGGACGGCUCUCACUUUCUCCCCAGGGAUAGCACAUAAUCUCUCAGCUGCACUGACUCUUAAACUUGCUGUGGCCUGAAGACUGCUUUUCACAGAACCAGAGAAGCAGACUCGGGCUUAUUCUUUCCAAGGUCAACUAGCCUGGGACUGGGCUGUCCUACCUCCCCUCCCCCAUGUAUUGGGCCCUAGGAGGACCCCAAAACCCCCAUUCCAUUUGAGAGCAGCACAACAGAUCACUUUCCAUUGUUCCUAGCACAGAACUGUUUCUAAAACAACUUAAAGUAUAGUUUUGUUACCUAAGCAGUUUUUUUUUUUCAGUUUUAUUUAAGUGUACUAGAAUGUAAAACCUUUACAGGUCAGAUUUUUAAAGACUGGUACAGUAUCAUAUUUGCCUCAUCUGAUGCACUGUAUUUCAAUCUGUAAUUAAAAUGUUUGCCCUGUGGUCUCA